AUGCAGAAAAACUAUCGGACGACUCCAAUUUCUCGUCCACAUGAUGAUGAAGAUUCCUUUCCAGUCAUAUGCGACCGAGAACUUCAUUCUUUACACCGAAACAUUCCCGCAUUACGAAGAAGAGAUAUGGACACAGCUACAAUUAAACAGCAUUAUUAUCCAGAAGGUGGUUGGGGUUGGUUAGUAUGUGGAGCAGCAUUUUUGGCACACCUUUUAACAUCCGGGAUACAAUUAGCUUUUGGGCUUUUGUAUUUAUACACGAUGAAGUAUAUGGUGAAGAAAAAUGAUCCAGAUCGAGAGUUUUAUGCAAUGGCAACGGCUUGGAUGGGCGCAUUAUCCAUCUCAAUAUCCCUUAUCUCUUCUCCAAUAAUCUUAGCAAUUUCUCGACGUAAAUCAACUCGUUUGGCAGCUCUCUUUGGUGGAUUAAUUCUUACUUUAUCCUGUUUAUUCACAUCUUUUGCAACUCAAUUCCACCAAACCUUACUUAGUUACGGUUUAAUGUUGGGUUUGGGAUCGGGUUUGGUGCGAGAAACUUCUUGUUUAACGCUAGGACAUUACUUCAAAAGAAGACGAGAAUUUGUUGAGAUGAUUUCCCAAACGGGAAGCGGAAUAGGUAUCGCUUUGGUUUCGGUUUUGUACAAAGAAGGAGUUGGGAAAUUGGGAUGGAGACUUGGUCUUCAAUCUUUAACUGGUUUGUUGGCUUUGAGUAUACUUUUACCUAUCGUUUAUCGUUCUGCGAAUCUUUAUCAUCCCCAACGGCGUGCCAUAAUGCAUUUAAAAAAUCAAAGAAAAAAGGUGAAGGAGAAAAAAGGUUGUGGACAAAGUGGAAGUGGAGUGAGGAAGCCAAAAAUGUUUGAUUUUUCACCAUUGAAAAGUCGAGGAUUAAGGAUAUUGUUGGUUUCGAGUUCGUCAGCUGGGUUAGGGAUGUAUGCACCAAUAAUUUUUUUGGUUUAUCAAGGUUAUAAAGAAGGUCUAGAAGAACCUUCUUUGGUGCUUCUUCAAACGUUCUUAGGAUUUUCAUCAGCUUUAGGAUGCUUUGGAUUUGGUUUGGUUACAAUAAAACCAAGUACGCAAUGUUUGAUCUCAAGACAAUAUCUUUGUCAAGCUUCUUUAAUUGGAAUUGGAAUUUCUCUUCUCGCCUUAACUGCCGUCCAAGGUUAUCAUGGAUAUUGCCUUUUUACCUGGCUUUACGGCAUCUGUUUAGGCGGCUACACGUACUCCCUGAAGAUGUUUACGUUGGAGCGCGUCAAAACGCGUCACUUUACCAAAGCUUGGAGCUUUAUUGAAAGUUCCAAAUCCGUACCGAUUUUAAUCGGUAUACCAUUAACGGGUUUUAUCAACCAAAAUUAUCCCAAGUACGGUUAUUAUUUUUCAUUCUUUUCUACUUUAGCGGCCGCAUUUUUAAUGUUUCUAGUCGGCAAUAAAAAAGAUGUAAAUUUAACACCUAAAAACGUUAAUUUUAAUCAUUUAGAUCAUUUCAAUAACUUGAAUAAUUUGAAUACUUUAAACUUGAACGAAUGUAUAUGUUCAUUGGCUAAUUUUAAUCAUUUCAAUCAUAUUAACCCUUACAAUUUAAGUUAUAAUAACCAUUACGAGCAAAUUUUUGAUGAAAAAUUACAUAGAAGUAGUUUAAAACGUAAACUUUCGCAUAAAAAUAAAGAAUUUUUGAAGAAAAGUAGAAGUUACGCUGCUAAUAUGGAAAGAUUUGGACCACAUGAUCCGAAUAUAGGAGGGUUUUUAAAGUACAACGUGGUGAAUAGGAAUAAUUUGAGGCCUAGUAAAAGUUUUCCGGAAGGGCUCGGGCGAAACGAGUACUUUUAUGGAUCGUUUCGGCAUCAAAGGCCACUGGUAAGAAAUGUACAGGUGAUUGAACAAAUAACAACGUCGGUUUGAAUUUAUUCUUAUUUUUGUUUUAAAAUAAUUUAAAUGAGUAAAAAGUAGUGUUAAAAAGCAAAAUUUAAUAUAAAUAAGUUGUAAAAAGUAUUAAAAUUCAGUAAAAUCGGUAAGAUCGCUAUCAGAAUCAAUAUCAAUGGAGCUACAACCGUCGAAUUCUUCGUAGGAAGUACUACUCGAAAUUGAAUCUGGUGGUGUAGGUCUUGAUGAUCCUUGAUAGUGUGAACAACCGCUACUGCUUUCCGAGGUACCACAUCCACCAGUUAUCAUUCUACGAAUUAGCACUUUAUUCCGUUUGAAUUUGAUAACUUUCUUUAAAGAUUUGGCGGAAUGUUUUUGGCGCUCUUCAAGAAGAGUUUUGCGAUGUUUUUUAAUUUCUUCAGAUGACGAUUUGACAAC